AUGGGCCAUCUGUCUCCUACCAGGACCAUGCGCCUCUGGGGGCCUCGGAGCCUGGGGGUGGCUCUGGGAGUCUUCAUGACCAUCGGAUUUGCCCUCCAGUUCUGGGGGGGUCCCUUCCAGAGGAGGCUCCCCGGGCUGCAGCUCCGACAGUCCUGGGCUCCAUCCCCGGGACUAGCUCUUCCGUCCUGCUCACCACGACAGCGACUCGUGUUCCUCAAGACUCAUAAAUCCGGGAGCAGCUCUGUGCUGAGCCUGCUGCAUCGCUACGGGGACCGGCACGGGCUGCGCUUCGCCCUCCCUGCCCGCUACCAGUUUGGCUACCCAAGACUUUUCGAGGCCUCUCGGGUCAAAGGCUACCGCCCUCAGGGUGGAGGCACCCAGCCCCCCUUCCACAUCCUCUGUCAUCACAUGAGGUUCAACCUGAAAGAGGUACUUCAGGUCAUGCCUUCUGACAGCUUCUUCUUUUCCAUUGUUCGAGACCCAGCAGCUCUGACCCGCUCUGCCUUCUCCUACUAUAAAUCCACCUCGUCGGCUUUCCGCAAAGCACCCUCCUUGGCUGCCUUCCUGGCCAAUCCUCGAGCCUUCUACCGGCCAGGGGCCCGUGGAGACCACUAUGCGCGCAACUUGCUAUGGUUUGACUUUGGCCUCCCCUUCCCUCCAGAGAUGAGGACCAAAACAGGGAAUCCUCGCCCCCCCAGAGACCCCAAGGCCCCACAGCUGCGUGUCUUGCCUUCUGGUGCUGGCCCUCCAGCCCACACCCUGGAUCCUAACGCUCUCUUCCAUCCUGUUCCCACCCUUGCUGACGGUCACAGUAGGACAUCCAGCCCUGCUUCUUCAGAUUUGGGAUCUUCAUCCUUCAUCCAGUGGAGUCUGGCCUGGCUGGACUCUGUCUUUGACUUGGUCUUGGUGGCCGAGUACUUCGAUGAGUCACUGGUCCUGCUGGCAGAUGCCCUGUGCUGGGGGCUAGAUGACGUGGUGGGCUUCAUGCACAACGCCCAGGCUGGAGGCAGGCAGAGUGGAAGUGCUGUCAGUGACGAUGGGCUAACUGCUGAGGACAAGCAGCUGACUGCACGGGCCCGGGCCUGGAACAAUCUAGACUGGGCUCUCUAUGUCCACUUCAACCACAGUCUGUGGGAACGGAUAAAGCAAUAUGGCCAGAGCCGGCUGGACAGUGCUGUGGCGGAGCUCCGGGCUCGCCGAGAGGCCCUGGCUAAACAUUGUCUUGUGGGGGGUGAGGCUUUAGACCCCAAAUACAUCACAGACCGGCGGUUCCGCCCUUUCCAGUUUGGGUCAGGAAAGGUUCUGGGCUAUGUGCUUCGGAGUGGACUGAGCCUCCAGGACCAGGAAGAGUGUGAGCGCCUGGCUACCCCUGAGCUACAGUACAAGGACAAGCUGGAUGCCAAGCAGUUUCCCCCAACAGUCUCUCUGCCCCUUAAAAAUUCAAGGCUAUCCUCUCCCUAGGCAUCAGACCACUACAUCUUAAGCUGAAGAGCCGCUAAGCCACAGGGCACAUGUGAUGAGUGUGGGGCAGUCAAAUGCCUUGUUUCCCUCAGAAAGCAUAUCUGCUCCCUAGAGGACCAGUGGAACUUUGCAUGGAGUGGGCUCCAUGACCUACUGCCUGUGCAGAGGAAUCCCAGUCCUACCAGUAACCUCCUCCCUCCCCCUUUUGGCCCCUUCCUCUUUCCAGCGCGACCCCCACACACUGCAGUUCCAAGUAGCACUCUCAGAGGUGCCCUGGAGGAGCAAACCUUGGAGUAUGUCAGAGAAAGCUUGGAACCCAAAGGACUGGAAUAAUGAGUCCAUUUCUAUAUGAAAUAUUUGUUACUGGGCUAUGCUCAUUUCACCAUGAAAUGUUUGUUGAAUGAAUAAAUAAUUUGGAACUUC